UUCUCUUUUCUGUUUUAUAUCUCCUCAGAAAAAGAAUAGCCCUCCAAACCGGCACUAAACCCCUUUUAAUACCCUACAAUUCCCCUCUCACUCUCUAGAAAACAAUGGCGAAAGGAGAUGGAAGCGCGGCCAAAAGAGAAACAAGUGGUCGCUUCUCGAAAUCCGAGUAUUCAUGUGGAGGUGGGAGAAAGAAAUCAUACUUUAUUUUGGCUUGAUAAAUGAUAAAACAGAUGGAGAAAUUACUUGAAGAGGGAAAAGAUGACCUGUUAGAUGAAAAAUUCCACCAGAAGCUUGCCGAGGAAUUCAACCGUUUGCCAAAUCGAGCUGGAAACAAGGCUAUACAAAUGAAGCAGGUUCAAAGAUGGUUCACAAAGAGGAAAAAUCCCUCAUCUGAAAAUACUGAUUCAUAUCACUCUUCAGAAGAUUUGGUUACUGCUGUGGAUACAAGCCAGUCUGUUAGUGCUGCUCCUGAAAGUUCUUCUGACAUGCCUGGAGAUGCUGGGGAGAAAGACCCUGAACAAGCAGAGUUGGAGUUUGAGGCGAGGUCAUCAAGAGACAAUGCAUGGUAUGAUGUAUCUACAUUCCUUGCACACAGAAUUCUUAGUUCAGGAGAACCUGAAGUUCGUGUUAGAUUUCAUGGAUUCGGUGCUGAGGAUGAUGAGUGGGUGAACAUCAAGAAGGAUGUCCGUGAGCGUUCAAUCCCCCUUGAAUCAUCAGAAUGUCAGAAGGUUGAUGUCGGGGAUCUUGUUCUCUGUUUCAGGGAGAGGAGUGAACAAGCCAUGUACUUUGAUGCUCAUGUUCUUGAAGUGCAAAGAAAGUUGCAUGAUAUAAGGGGCUGUAGAUGUCUCUUCUUGGUUCGCUAUGAUCAUGAUGAUAGUGAGGAAAGAGUUGGCCUGAAAAGACUCUGCCGUAGGCCAAAGUACUGAUCCGUUGAAGGGGCUUGCCUUCUGGUUACUUAGAUGUGUAAGCUCCUUUUACAGUAGAGGAUGUGGGCGCUAAGCUCGCAUUCUGUCAACUUGAGUUUGCAGUAAAACCGGACUCCUAACUUUUCUAGGUUAUAUAUAAUUUGAUGUCUCUAGCCUGUAUUUCUACUCGAUUUAGAACUUGCAGAACAUCACUUGUUUUCGAGAAAAAAAUGUGUAGUAUUGCUGAGUACCUUAAUCCACCAAAGUUUGGAUAGUUGCCUAACUAGAUGAUGGUGCUAUUCUCAAGAUUUUAUAUGCUUGUAUGCAGCUCUAUGCUUUUUCCUGUUCCAGUUUACUUUCUUGUGAGUGGAAGAAACAAUAAACUGUAUUUGUGAUAACAUCAAUUUACAGUUGUGUUUGAAGU